AUGUAAAAGAGUCGCCGCAAAAGAAACGAAGGGCUCCAGUUGUUUCACCGCCUCAACCGCCAUAGCUAUCGUUUUUCUCCUUCUCUUUUGCUAUCUUAUUUCAUCUCAUCUCAUUGCUGCAGAGGCCUUAAAUAAACGAAGGGCUGAUAGUUUGUUUCAACGGCCAUCAAUGAAUUCACUUUUGAUCCAACUCUUCCGUGCGUGUUUGUAACAUUCAUAGACUUGGUAAAACCAAGAAAGCCCGAAGGACAGUUUUACCCUCGUCCCUCCUGAAGCAGCAGCGUUCCCUUUUCUCAGCUCUUACCCGUCUCUUUCUCCACAAGCAAAACUACUGGUCUGCUUCUUUUUUCAUGCUUAGACGGAACAAUUGACUGGAUUAAUAAUCGACUCUGCAAAAAUUGUUUGGCCUCUGUGGACAAUUCUGCCACGGUUCUAUUUUUCUGUCAACCUUACUAUUUGGACGGAAUAUAGAAAGCGGUGACCACUUGAUGCUAAUUUGGAUGGUCCCCGGUGUGUUCUAAGAAAUCAUCUAAACUGCUGGCUGCUGGUCAGUCUUGAGAUUAGCUUUGCCCUGUGACUAAAACGCAUUAUUUCUUAUUCUUGUUAAUGAACUCCUUUCAUCCUCUCUCAUUUUCAUUUAUCUGGAGUUGUUGCAAUCAUUACAUCUAUUUUUGGAUUGAGUUGGAUAUGAAAUGAAGAGUUCUAUAUAAUUCACAGGUAGAAGGGUGGUGGUUGAUUGACUUUUGCUGAUUUAAUUUAUUGAAUAGUGUUGUCAGAGUCUGAGUUAUGGAUCGUGGAACUAAUGAGUCUGAACCCAAUCUGAGUAAAUCAUUUCGUCAGACUAGCAGCGUAGGCUCUUCAUUGAGAAGACAUUCUUUAAGUUUAUCACGCAACAGAUCCUUCCAGGUAGAUGAUAUUGAGAGUGAAAACGUGUCAGAGGCAGGUGAUAUUGGUGACAGGGCUCUUCAUAGCAAGAGGCAUAAUGAAAGUGGUAGCAUCAGCUUAUCCAUUGACAACGAGUUAGAAAAUGGUAUGGUGUUUCCCCUUUCAAAUGAUAACUUCCUCCGAUCAUAUGGAUUGUGGGUUCAUGAUUCCACAGCUUUGAAUACAAGAUCUCCAGUGUUACCUUCGCCAGAAGAAAUCGUGUCUCCUAUCUCAACUGAUGCAGUGAUCUGCUCCAGGGAAAAACAAGAAGACAAUGAGAAAGCGUUUGUGUUGCCACCAGCACUCGAGUAUAUCUCAUGUCUUCUGUAUCUAGCAAUUUUUGGAAUUCUUGGGGUCUUAACAAGAUAUUUACUACAGAAACUCUUUGGCCCUAGUGUUGCUGGUGUGACAAGUGACAACUAUCCGUUAUAUCUUGACUUACCUUCCAAUAUGGUCGGUUCGUUCUUGAUGGGAUGGUGGGGUGUUGUUUUCAAAGAAGACAUAUCCAAAGUGUCUAGUUAUUUGGCCAUUGGAUUAACUACUGGUUACUUGGGAAGUCUCACAACUUUCAGUGGUUGGAAUCAGAAAAUGCUUGAUCUUAGUGUUAAUGGCCAUUGGGUGUUUUCUUUUGUUGGCUUUCUCAUAGGGUUAUUCCUUGCAGCCUACUCCAUAAAAUUGGGUGUUAGUACGGCAAAAUGUUUCAAGUCAUUUUUUCAAAUGUCAAACAGAUCCGCACAUUUAGCCUGCUGCAGGGUGGACAACCCCUAUCAUCAUUUCGUAGUUAUGGUGGUAUUGGUGGUAAUGCUGGGCCUUUUAUGGGCUCUGAGUGGAGCGCUACUAAAAGAGGAGUAUAACCACGACAGUAGUGGGGCUCAGCUAUGGCUGGGUUGCAUAGUUGCACCCCUAGGGGUGUGGAUCAGGUGGUUCUUAGCAAGGCUCAAUGGGCGUGGGUUAGGUAAGGCUGGUUCUCUGAAAUGGAUUCCAUUUGGAACUCUUAUUGCAAAUGUUUCUGCAGCAUGUAUCAUGGCAGCAUUAUCUACUGUGAAGAAAGCGGUGCAUACCCAAAACUGUGAUACCAUUUCAACUGGCAUACAGUUUGGAUUCUUGGGUUGUCUGAGUACUGUUUCCACUUUCAUUGCUGAGUACAAUGCAAUGGAAGAAAGCCAGAAAAGCUGGAGAGCUUAUUUAUAUGCUCUAAUAACGAUAGGUGUCUCAUUUGGCUUGGGGACCUUGAUAUACUCUGUACCUGUUUGGAGUAGGGGAUACUAGUACCAUGUCAACAUAUUCAUAAAUCUCUCUUUUUGUUUCUGGCUGACCGCAUGUCAACUAGGCACAAGAGAAAUGCCUUUCCAUAAACAUGCUAAAAAGCUUGCUGGUCAGCGAAGCUCUACAUAGUAUUGAAUACAUGAUUAUAUUUUGGAAAUGUUAUAUUUCCUGUAAUUUCUUGAUCAA